CACGACGACAGCGACCUCUCACGACAACCUCUCGAUCGACAUCUGUCUCACCACGUAGACAGACGCAUCGGAUACCACAUAAAUCGCCAAGAUGGCAGACCGUGAGCAACCAGUCACACUGCGCACGCGCAAGUUCAUCAGAAACCCUCUCCUUGGCCGCAAGCAAAUGGUCGUGUAAGUUUCCUGCUCCGAACCCAUCAAUUGCGAGUCUUGCGCUCUUCUCGAUAUCGACAUCUGCGAAGGGUUGGAGGAUUUUGGGUCGUGGGGAGAUUCGGGAGACGGCUUUUCACAUUUGUGUUGAAGAUGGAUUCUGACUUGGCUUUUUUUUUCUACAGUGACAUUCUCCACCCAAACCGUGCCAACAUCUCCAAGGAUGAACUCCGUGGCAAGCUCGCAGAGAUGUACAAGGCCAACAAGGACCAAGUCAACGUCUUCGGUCUUCAGACUCAGUUCGGUGGUGGCAAGACAACCGGUUUCGCCCUCGUGUACGAUUCGCCCGAGGCCUUGAAGAAGUUCGAGCCACACUACAGAUUGGUUCGUGUUGGAUUUGCGUCGAAGAUUGAGAAGCCCAGCAGACAACAGCGCAAGCAACGCAAGAACAGACAGAAGACUCUCCGCGGUACGGCAAAGGUCAAGGGUGCGUCCAAGAAGAAGGACAAAUAGACGAUUGGUCACUUCUUUUGGGGUGCAUAUGGUGUGCGGCAGGAAGGAAGGCGGCAAAAUGGUGUUGCGGAAAUUGGGCUAUCUGUCUUUCAACGCAUGCUAUUUUCGCAUAUCGGCUUCUUCGUUUUUCGUGCAUGGAUUCCGAUGGCAUUGGGAAUAUGGAAAGUGGCAUAAUCUCACAUGAAACCUGAGGACCGUACAUUACAAAUCAAGGCGUUUGCUUCUCAUGACAA